AACCACUUGAAGUCUCUUUUUAGAUAUAGAUGAAGUUGAUGUUUGUACAAUUUAUAAGUAAAUACAAUAAAUUAAAUAUUUUAGAAAAAAUUCUUCCCGAAUUUCUGAUAUUUUUUUCCUAAUAUCUCCGAUAUUUUCAUUUUUCAAAACUUCGAUAGAUAUACCGAUACAGAUAUUUUAAUCCUUGGGUCCGAUUGAAGCCGAUUGUUAUUUUUUUUUUUGGGGUAACAAGGCUCAAUGUAAUUUGUGGUUCCUUCAUUCAUAAAAAAGAGAAAAGAAACACGUGAUACGUUGGUCUUUAUUCCGAGAGAUAGGGACUUGUAGUGAAGUCUUUUCUCUUUCUCUAUUUUUUUCUCCGCCAUAUCCAGUUCUCCUAGGGUUUCGAAUUUCAGUGCUCUCUCAACUCCAAAUGGAGACCUCUCUCAGAUACGGUGGAGACUCCAAAGCUCUCAGAAUCCACGCCAAGCAGAAGUUACCUCUCGAUUCCAAAACCCACUUGCAGGUUCAUGGAGAGCUAGACACUAGAGUUGGAGCUCCAACUUAUUUUACUGCGCUUGUUAGGCGCUUCUACCCAGAUUUUUCAACUAGCAUUGGGGCUGGAUUGCAUUAUGAUAAGCGUGAUAAGCUUCGGUACACUAUCCGGGGGAAGAAGGCAUUCCCCGUGACAACGGAUAACCUGUUGAGCUUUAAUGUCAAGGGAAAAUAUGAUCUUGACAAAGAUUUUAGAGAGAAAGGAUCCAAAGGAGCUGCUGAAUUGUCCUGGAGUAUUUUAAACUUUCAAAAGGACCAAGAUGUCAGGUUCAAAGUUGGAUAUGACUUGAUUGAAAAGGUUCCAUAUGCUCAGAUCAGGGAAAACAAUUGGACACUCAAUGCUGAUUUUAAUGGUAGAUGGAACUUGAGAUUUGACUUAUGAGAAGUGAAGGUUAGAAUACUUUUUUGGAAGGUGGACACGUUUGUUUCUGCAAAACAUGUAUUCUAUUUACUUGUAUUGAGAGCCACUCUGCUGAAAUUUGUUAGUGAAAAAUGAAUUUGCCAUAUUAGCUGGCCAUUAUUGAUACCUUUCUCUCAUGUUAUUGAUAAUUACAACUCUACCAUGCCAUGGAUGCAAUAGGGAUUAAGAUCCUUUUGUCCAAU